CACAGUCUCGAGAGCAACACUGACUCUUCAGAGCCAAGACUUCAAUCAAUAUGACAACCAUAUGUUCCCUUUCCGUGAUUGCCACCAGUCUGUUGGUGGUUCAUUUCAUCUCAUUCUCCACAGCUCAAGGUCCUUUGCCAGGAACCUGUGCCUUGCAUCCAGAAAUGGGUCCAUGUAAGGCAUCUGACCAACGCUAUUACUAUGAUAAGGACACGGGCACUUGCAAGACAUUCACCUAUGGUGGUUGUGGAGGAAAUACAAACAAUUUUCUUACUAAGGAAGACUGCGAGAACAGGUGCCAUAGAGGUAGAGUCUGUUACUCGCCUCCGGAUACUGGUUCAUGUAAUGUACUUUUUGAGCGUUAUUACUAUAAUAAGGAGACGGGCACUUGCCAGAAAUUCAUGUAUGGUGGUUGUAAAGGAAAUGCAAACAAUUUUCUUACUCAGGAAGCCUGCGAGCACAAGUGCCAAAUAGGUGGAAACUGUAACUCGCCUCCAGAAAAGGGUCCAUGUAAGGCAGGCAUAAAGCGCUAUUACUAUGAUAAGGAGACGCACACUUGUCAGAGUUUCAGCUAUGGUGGUUGUCGAGGAAAUGCAAACAAUUUUCUUACUAAGAAAGACUGUGAAAAUGCGUGCCAAUUAGAAGGAGCCUGUGACUUGCCUGUAGAAAUUGGUCCAUGUAGAGGGCGCAUCCAGCGUUAUUACUAUGAUACACAGACGGGCACUUGCCAGUCUUUCUACUAUAGCGGCUGUGGAGCAAACAAAAACAAUUUUUAUUCUAAGAUAUCUUGCGAGAACAACUGUAUAACAGGUAGAGCUUGUGACUUGUCUCCAGAAGUCGGUCCAUGUAAGAAGAACACCCAACUCUAUUACUAUGAUAAAGAUUCUGGCACUUGCAAGACUUUCAUCUAUGGUGGUUGUAAAGGAAACCAAAACAAGUUUGUUACUCAGGAAGCCUGUGAGAGUCACUGUAAACCAGGUGGAGCUUGUGAUUCGGCUUCAGAAACUGGUCCAUGUAGGCAGCACAUGGAGCGCUAUUACUAUAAUAAACAUUUGGGCGCUUGCCAGACUUUCGUCUAUGGCGGUUGUGGAGGAAACCAAAACAAUUUUGUUUCUCAGGAAGCUUGCGAGAGCCACUGUAAACCAGGUAGAGCCUGUGACUUGUCUCCAGAAGUCGGUCCAUGUAUGGGGAACAUCCCACGAUUUUACUAUGAUAAAUAUACGGGCACGUGCCAGACUUUCUACUACGGCGGUUGUCAAGGAAACCCAAACAAUUUCCAUACUCGGGAAGCCUGUGAGAGCAAGUGUAAACCAGGUGUACCCUGCAACUUGCCUUCAGAGAAGGGUCCAUGUUUGGCAGACAUAGAGCGCUAUCACUAUAAUAAGGAGACGGGCACUUGCAAGACCUUCACCUAUGGUGGUUGUCAAGGAAAUGCAAACAAUUUUCCUACUAAGGAUGACUGCGAGAACAUGUGCCAAAACCGAAUAGGUGGAAUCUGUAACUUGCUUUCAGAAAAAGGUCCAUGUUUGGCAUACAUGGAGAAAUAUUACUAUAAUACGGAGACGGGCACUUGCCAGACCUUCACCUAUGGUGGCUGCCAAGGAAAUGCAAACAACUUUGCUACUGAGGAAGACUGUAAAAAUUCAUGCCAAUUAGGUGGAGCCUGUGACUUGCAUCCAGAAGGCGGUCCAUGUAAGGCGAAAAUCCCACGCUAUUAUUAUGAUAUACAGUCGGGCACUUGCAAGCCUUUCAGCUAUGGCGGUUGUGGAGGAAACAAAAACAAUUAUGUUACUCAGCAAUCCUGCGAGAGCCACUGCAAUUCAGGUAGAACCUGUUACUUGCCUCCAGUAAAGGGUCCAUGCAGGGCACACAUAGAGCGCUAUUACUAUAAUAAGGAGACGCACACUUGUCAGACUUUCAGCUAUGGUGGUUGUCAAGGAAAUGCAAACAAUUUUCCUACCAAGAAAGACUGUGAAAAUGCAUGCCAAUUAGGUGGAGCCUGUGACUUGCCUCCAGAAGUCGGCCCAUGUAGGGCCAAGAUCCCGCACUAUUUCUAUGAUAGAUACACGGGCACCUGCCAGAUAUUCUUCUAUGGUGGUUGUGCAGGAAAUAAAAACAAUUAUGAAACUCAGGAAGCCUGCCAGGGCAACUGCAAAUCAGGUGGAACCUGUAACUUGCCUUCAGAAAAGGGUCCAUGUUUCGCACAAAUAAAACGCUAUUACUAUAAUAAUGAGACGGGCACUUGCCAGACUUUCACCUUUGGUGGUUGUCAAGGAAAUGCAAACAAUUUUCCUAGUAGGAAAGUCUGUGAAAAUGAAUGCCAAUCAGGUGGAUCCUGUGACUUGCCUUCAGAAGUUGGUCCAUGUAGGGCACACGUUCUGCGCUAUUACUAUGAUAUGCAGUCAGGCAUUUGCAAGACUUUCGAUUACGGCGGUUGUGGAGGAAACACAAACAAUUAUGCUAAUCUUGAAGCCUGCGAGAGACACUGUAAACCAGAAAGAAUCUGUGCCUUGCCUGCAGAAGUCGGUCCAUGUAAUGGGUACUUCCCACGCUAUUACCAUAAUAAACAUACAGGGACUUGCGAGACUUUCAUCUAUGGUGGUUGUAGAGGAAACCAAAACAAUUUUGAAACUUGGGAAGCCUGUCAGAGCAGAUGUAAACCAGGUAGAGUCUGUGACUUGCCUUCAGUUGUUGGUCCAUGUAAGGCAAUUGAGGAACGCUAUUACUAUGAUAGGGAGACGGGCACUUGCCAGAAAUUCCUCUAUGGCGGAUGUGAAGGAAAUGGAAACAACUUUCUUACUCAGGAAGCCUGUGAGAACAAGUGCAAAAUAGGAAUCUGUGAGAUGUCUCCAGAAACCGGUGACUGUAGAGCGUACACUCAACGCUAUUACUAUGAUCAGGAGACGGGCAUUUGCAAGACUUUCAUCUAUGGUGGUUGUAACGGAAAUGAGAACAACUUUCUUUCCGAGGAAGACUGCGAGAACGCGUGCAAAUCAGCCAAUGGACACUCACCAAGAGGGCAUUCCUAUUAGAUACCAUCCUCGGACCACCAUCAUUUGUUCUCUAAAGUGGAGAAUGUAUUGGAAUGCUUUGUAUUCCUUCCAAAAUAUUGUAAGAGGUUGUAUCUUGUUUGAGCUUUCCUGGCUCUUUGUCAUCCAUGGUUCAAUCUGUAAAUAAACAUAUUAACUCCAA